CAAGAUGGCAGGCUGCAGGGUUGUCUGUUUUUUGUUGAUUUUUACAGUUUUAUGCCUUGUAUCUCGAUCUAAUGCUGAUUUGUUCGACACACUUCUUAGGGAUGCAUCGCCAUGUGUAGAUUUGUGCACUGAUACUUAUUCACCUCAUACAAAUGAAAAGAGUUAUCAGCAUGCCAGCUGUAGACGUGGAUGUCGACUGUUUUCUAUCAUGGAAUUCUUGGCAGAGCAAAGUGAUGCCAAUGUAACAAAAGAGCUCUGCCAUAUGAUGGAAGCAUGUUAUAUCUUUGCAGCUUGUAGUGAUGCUUAUGAUCAGAGAGACGACUCAGAGGCUUGCCAAACUGGCUGUUCGCAUCAGCAACCGUUGUCUCUGAGGAAUAAAGAUUGGGAGCAGCCAGAAGACCUGGACACUCAUUUCCUUUACCCGCUGAUGUAUGUACAUAGCUUCUACAGCAACAUGUUUGACAAGGUCAAGGAGCACAUGACAGUCCAGUGGUCACUGUACAUGCAGCAGGACAAUGGUCAGUUGGUGGUUGUCCAAUCCCAGCCAAGGGAAUAUAUCCGAGAAAACCUGCAAGGUGAUGGAUUUAACACUCCAUUUCACUUGGAGACAAACUUAUUCCCCCUGGACAGCGCUGCCACACCAGACUCCAAGAGAUCUCAGUUGCGAUCGAUCCGGGAAGAUGGUCCUUCUAGUUAUAGCUUAGCUGUUGACCCGAACAAUUUUCAGUCCUCUGAUUGGUUGUCAUGCAUCUCCAGUAAGACAGGGCUGCCGCGGUUAAUUCUGACAGGGGUAGUACUGCUGAGUGCUGGGGUGAUGAUAUGGCUGUGCCUGACCGCAGCUAACACAGCCCCAGAUCACCACGUCAAAGCUGAGAAACUCAGCAUCAAUGGUGACCUGGAGUAUUUGAAGGAAGCUGAGCUACAGAAGAUUAUGUCCAGUCUCUACCCACAGGAUCCUGCCCAGGCCUCUGCUCUGCCCAUCAAGAUCCGUGUGGAGAGGGUUUAGAGGGGGUGGAGAGGGUUUAGCUGGGGUAGACAGGGUUUAAACAGUGAAAAAGUAAUAGAUAGCAGAGAGGGUUGAGAUAGGGGGAAGAAGAUUUAGACAGGUGAACGGGAUUAAGGAGACUUGAGGGGGUUCAGAGGGGUGAAAAAGAUUUAGACAGGUUGCCAUGGUUUUACGGAGAGAUUGGACAGGCUUAACAUUGGUUGAAAUCAAUUGAGAGAGGGUGGACAGGGUUUACAUAAAGUGAAGAGGGGGUUUAAGAGCAGAGACUGCAGGGAUGGAUGUGGGUGAAUAAGGUUAAUAAAGUGUCAGGGUGUAGGUUGGGGCUUUGAGGGUGAAGGGUGUGUACAGAGAUCUAGUAGCAGUCAGCGGGGUAAGAGAGGGUGUACAUGACAGAUAAAGGAGAGAUUGUAGAAAUAAGGAGGACAGGACAGGGCAAAAGCAGAACAGGUGUAGAUAGAGGUAAGGGGAUGUAAACUGGGACAGAAGGGGAUGUACACAAGGUCGGGGUGGGGGUAUGAGAAGUGUGUAGAUCCAUGUAGGUGUAGAGUGGUUACAAUAAUAGGCAAGCAGGAUGAACAUGUAUAUGUAGUUUUGAAAAAAAAAUAUACAGUAAAUAUGGUAUAAAUACAGACAAGCACUAUAUGAAGAUGGUGCAAGGGAACUGUGUGUACGUAUACUGUAGUAUGAGGUCGGGCUAGGGGACAGAACAAGAAACAGAAUUCUUAAGACAGCUAGAGUGAGAAAAUCAGCUCACAAGGAGAAUGGGUAUACAGUAUAUUGUUAUUAUACCAAAGAAUGUGUAGAUCAACAUAAUCGUUAUAAUAGGGACUUUUACCACAGCAAGAUCUGUGGGCUAUAUUGUGAUCUGUUAAGGAAUUAGCUGUUUGGCUGUGUGUGAUGUUAGCAUUGUUUUAGGAGAGGGGUGCAUUUGGGUGGGAGACGAUGGAGUGGUGAUGGUGGUGGGGGAGGGGGGUAUGGGUGAGAUUUUAGGGUAAGGGAAAGUGAAAGGGAGGACUGGUACUUAUUGUAGUCCAUAAUGUAUUUCUUGUUUUAUGGUAAAAUGGAAUUGAUUCUAAAUUUAAUUGUAGAUUUUUCAAAUACACACCAUGUACAAGUAAUUGUAUAAAAAGAAAAAUGUACCUCAUACGUUAAAACCUGAAUUUGCAGUUGAAAGUAAAGAUGAAUGUACUAGACUGGUAUUGUGUAUCCUAAGGCAUUCCCAUUGCAGACUCAGCCUCGAGGCAGUUUAUUAUAUUGUAUUAGAAAAGCUAAGGGCUUAAUAUUCUGAAGAAUGUGGCGUUAUUUUGUUAAUAAUUUCUUGAUGUGGUUAUGUUUAAAGCUGUUCGUUUUUACAUAGCAUUUGUCUAGUGGUGAGUGGUGUGUAAGUAUGGGGUUAGCUUUUGACACAGGGAUUAUAUUGAGGGGUUUUCUUUUUAUUUCAUGCUUACAAUACUCUUUAUUCACUAUCCAUGAAUAAAUUCAAUGUGGUAGAUAGAUUCUAGUACAUUUUGUAAUUCUAUUUUGGUAAAUGGGUGUCAAUAACAUGGUUUCAUUCCCAUUUUUUAUCAUUGCGCAAUUCUAUGGCUGUUUAAUGUAUUCCUAUUCCUUCUAGACUUAAUGUUCAAUGUAUACAUCGUGUGAACAGUUAUGAAAUUUGCCAUGUGCCGUCAUUAUUCGAAUUAUUGCAAGGACAUCGGCUUUGUGUAAGAAGCUGUGUGAAGGGGAGGUAACUUGUUACCAAAUGAAAGUAGUAUAUAACCAAGAUCAGAAGUGAUGGGUGACUUUGUGGGACGUCAUCGAAACUGCUCUGGCGUGUUAAAUGCUCAUGUCUGUUAAAUUGCGACGUGAAGAGUCUGUUAUCAAAGAAUGACAUUGAUUUUGCAACAUGCAGUAUGGAAUGUUGCUUUAUAUCUGUGAUGAAAUUAGCCUUGUCUGAUAUAAGUUCAUGUAUUUGCAAAACUGUUUUUGGGUAGAGAUCUGACAGUGAAGACACUGUAUAUUUUUUAUUUCAUUUCGAAGCAUCUAUGCUAAAUUAUUUAGCUUGUUAGUUUACGUGUUGUGAUUAUUCUGUUAGACAGUCCGGAAGUUGAAGAUCAGGUGAUCGCUCUAGCGUGGGCCACAAGAUGGUUGCUGCACAUUGAAACAUAGAGAUAAAGGCCAGUGUUUUUCACUCCGUCAGCGACCAAUAAGUCCUGGUUGUACAAAAAACCAUCACGUUAACUCUUUCUAGCUUCCUGGCCGACUAACAUAAUGGAAACGAAAUUGGUUCCUGCCGCUGAGAAGAACAGCCAGCCAGGGAGAUUUGCGAUGUUCAAAUGUUGCAGUCCAAUCCUGUGUCGCUGUACACAUGUCUAAUUCAGAUCAUGCUUAUGGUAGACAUUUCCAGCUGCGCUUUUCUUUUGCCUGGCAACUUGCACAAUACAAAUAAUUUAGCUACUGUGGAAAAUGCACUUUGGGUAAAGUGAACUGUAUUUUUAUUCUAUGAUUUAGGGUUUAUAUUUAAUUUAAAAGUUAGGGUUAUACUGUAUUGUGGGAUGCUGUAUCAUUAUAACUGUGUCACAUUAAAGAGACUAAAGUUUAAAACAA